AUGGACUCUCUUUUCAUGAAAAAAGAUCAUCGUCGGUGUACAUGGGAAUGGCCGAAUGCGGAGACUCGUGCGGAGAUCGACCACAUACUCACCAACCGGAGGUGGUGUCUACUUGACGUCUCAGUAGUACCAUCCUUUUGUAGUGGUUCUGAUCACCGUCUAAUUUGUGCGAAAAUACGACUUAGCCACACGAUGGAAAAGAACAUCUGCUAUCGGCAACGAAGGAGAAAAGAAGUCGUCUACGGCGAUUGCGUACUCGACGACUCCUUUUCCCAAGGUAACUGUCACAUCGAGGAGGACCCAAACGUGGACUACGAGAUGCUGCUCAGAGCAUUACGAGCCUGUGCUGAGCGUGCCUCGAAGCCGCGCACGACAAACUUGGAUCGAAUUUCGAAGACUACCAAGGAAUUGUUGGAAGGAAGAAGGGCUUUGAGGCUUGAUCCGAAUGCCAUCGCACAUUGA